AUGAAUCCUCGGCUGACUAAACAACUAAUAAAAGCUAGGCAAGAUUUGAAAAAAAAAUACAAAAGUUUAAAAAGUGAUAUAACAAAAUCACAAACUCAUUUGGAAAAAACAUAUCAACCAAUAACAGACCCCCUUAAACAACUGGUUUCAGUUUUGGGGAAACAAGAAAUAAUUAAACAAGAAAAUUUAACACCGAAAUCAGAAAAGUUCAGUUUCUUGCGUAAACCUCCGCGAAAAGAUUAUACUAAAAUAGCAUAUUCUUCUUUUCCAUCACCAUUAAGUCAAACAAUUAAACAUGCUCCAGAACAUGAAAGUACUCGUUUAAAUGAAUCAGAGAUUUAUGAAAAUCAGCCAGACCAAACGUUUGAAUAUCAGCCAAGAACCAGUGAUGAGCAAGUUGAUGAAUAUAUAGAAGAUACAAUUAAAAGUCUACAUGAUUUAACUACAAACCCACCUCCUUCAUUCGUUGAAUAUCUGGAUCAAUUUACAGCACCAUUACCUAGAGAUUAUAUUCUUAGAAAUAUAUCAGAUAUUGAAAAUAAAUUUGAUCACGUUUUAGGAAUUUAUCAUGAUAUAGAAACCGAAAAAUUUCGUAUUGGAGACUCAGAAUUAAACUUUGAUGGUUCGGAUAUUGUAAUAAAAGGUAUUAAAUAUCCCGGAACACCUGGACUUUAUGAAUUACUUUUUUUAAAAGAACCGAUUGCAUAUAAACAAACUGAUGUUAAUGAAUAUGUGGAUAUAAUAAAAAGAACCAAUGCCGCUAGAAGAAAUAAUGAUCCAGAUUUACCAAUUAAAAAUUUUUCUAGAGAUAUUAAGGAUAAAUAUAAUUUUAUUAUUAAACCAAAGUUAGAAACAGGACCGUUUAGACGGAGAGUUUCAUCAAUACCUUCUUCAUUAAUGAGUGGAAUAAUGACAAGGAGUAAAAAAAUUGGAAAAGGAAUGUUACAAUAUUCAAAUAAACCUAUUGAUUAUAAAUAUUUUGAUAAUUACAAUGAGUUGAUUGAUCGACUUAGAUUACUUGUAGCAUCCCAAACUGCAGGAAAUACAGGUAAUAAUAAUGAGAUUGUGUCAAUCAUUGAGGAAUUGAGAGAAGGGGGUAUAAUAAUGUGA